AUGGCUUUGGUGUCUUUGAUUUAUAAUUGUUACGAUGUUGUGGACGAGUAUUAUAAUUAUCCAACUGCUCUCAUUGUUAGGAUGGAAGAUCCGAAAGAAAUGGACUUUCCAGCAAUAACGAUAUGCGUCCUUUUAAAGCCUAAGCAUUUCCAUUAUCAGAACCAAAAAAUGUGUGUGGAGAAAACACAGAAUACUCUUCAGCCAUUAUCCGAUAUUAACAACGAUAAUAAACAAUUACCACCGCGUACAACAGGAGAAACUUUCUACGAGAGUUCGAAGAAAAAUGUGAACCAUUUGUAUAGAAAUUUAUCAAUUGUAAAGGGUUCUGACGGAAUCAGUAAUUUUAAUUUGAAGAGGGGAAACGAAAAUAAUGCUGAUGGAGGAAACGGUAGAAGAUUUCAGGCAGAGAAAAGGCCUCUUACAGGCCCUAGACAAAACGGCAUGUGCGACUUCGAAUUCGAAAAACACAUAAAAUACAAUGGAAGCGCCCAAGAGACAAUCCUCAUCUGCAGUUUCGACCUUAACGAAUGUUAUUACAGUGAUUUCAAGGAAUGGGAGAGCGAAGAUUAUGGUAAAUGCUACACGUUCAGUGGCGUAAGGACGACUACCAAAUUUGGAUCCACCAGUGGUUUGCAUUUAGUGAUUAAAGUUACUCACACCGAUCCGAAUAUUCGAACUAGUGGCAUACGUACCAUCGUCCACUCUCCUAAUGAAUUCCCAUUCCCGGAAGACGACGGCAUCAACGUGCCACGUUGCAUGUUAGCCGACAUUGCAAUCAUGAAGGAAGAGAUUGAACGACUGCAACCACCCCAUGGCAACUGCACCACCAAUACGGCCAUUCCCCACUGGGAGGAGAUGUUUGGAGAAUUGCCUUAUUCUCGACAGGGUUGCAUCAAAGCUUGCCAUUCUCAAAAGGUGUUAGACCAAUGCAAUUGCACUCUAAAUAUCAGAAUUGGAAAGUCUCUCAGGGGUGACGUGAUCCAUUGCAGGCAACACAAAGAUAAAGAAGACUGCAGUGAAAAUGUGAUUUCGGGUGCAGAUUGCGAGUGUAAUCCCGCUUGCAGCGAGGAGACGUUCGAUACUAGUGUUUCGUAUAGCCAGUUCGUUUUUGAAGAAAAUUGCCCGGAAAAAAUCUCGUGUGGCAACUCCACUUGUUACACUAAAAAAUUGCCAUGCAGAGACAUCAUGGGGAUACACGUGUACUACAAAGACUUAACAUUCGAAAAGAAGACUCAAACACCCACAUAUACGACACCGGCACUAAUAGCCAAUAUUGGUGGCACACUAGGUCUAUGCCUCGGACUCUCUCUGGUGACUAUUGUAGAAGUGAUAGAACUUAUUUUAGAUAUGCUAAUGACCUGUUUUAGGUCUUCUUCUGAUGUUAAACCUGUAAAUUUACCAAGACCUAAAACAGAGACGAAACAGGGAGAUCAUCCGAAUUUGCAUCAAAUACGUGUAACGCCUUAUUCUGUGCAAGUCAGGCAGAUUGCAAUGGAAGAUGCACCAGAAAGGAAUCAGCAGAAGUGA